AUGCAGCAGUGCUCUACGCAAGAUAGCCGUAUCAUUAGUCCUGCUCAGACCAUCCAGGCACUAUCACCAAGCUCUUCCAUGCCGUUUGGAAGGGGAGAUACUGUCUUGAUUACUCAUGAAAGUGGCAAACUUCUUUCCCCAGCAGCAAUCCUAGGGUAUCUCAUUGUCCAAGUAAAAGCUAUCAUCCAGCCUAUUACUGAAGCACCCCACAUCAAUCAACCAUUCCUCUAUGUCAAAUUUUUUAACUUCUCUCAUUCAUCAUUCGCCACUAUCAACGACAUCUGUUUCAUUACUCCAGCUCCUGUAACCAACAUGUUUUCAGUUCAACGCCAUGUUCAAUCGAACCAGGAUCUGUCAGGAGAUAUAGUGCCUCUGAGCAGUGUGUGUCAGGUCAUCGAACUUAUUCCCAAGUUCAGUCAAGCAGUACCACCGUCAAUGAACUGUAACAAUAGUUGGCAGCUGGCGCGCAAGUUUUAUGCAAAUAACUUUGCAGAUAAAGAUACCUUUCAUGCUAUUCUUAGUUACCAGUAG